AUGUUUCGAAUUUGUCGACGUUAUUAUGUAAAUCAAAAGAAAAUUCGAAAUAUCGGAAUAGUUGCUCAUGUGGAUGCGGGUAAAACAACAGUCACUGAAAGGCUAUUAUAUUUAGCUGGUGCUAUAAAUAUUGCUGGAAAUGUAGAUAAAGGAACUACUGUCACAGAUUAUUUGGAUAUCGAAAGAGAACGUGGAAUAACUGUACAAUCAGCGGCGGUGAAUUUGAAUUGGCUUGAAAAUCGGAUUAAUUUAAUUGAUACUCCGGGACACGUGGAUUUUAGAGGUGAGUCAGCUGAUUUUUGCAUGCGAAAAACAGAAAAAAAAACGAGAAAAAGAAAAUAUUUUUGUAUGUACAGUACACCAGCAAGUUUAAAGGAACAUGCUUGAAACACACAGGGUCCCGCGGCGAUUGCACGAGUCUUGACACGAUUUGUGUGGCGGGCAUUUUGAAUUUCAUUUUUUCUCACAGAAAAAUUCUAAUUUUUCAUUUUUUUUUCAGUCGAAGUUGAGCGAUGUGUUCGAGUUCUCGAUGGAAUUGUUUGUGUUAUCGAUGGUUCGGCUGGAGUUCAACCCCAGACAUUGACAGUUUGGAGCCAGUCUUCGAAAUUCAAUCUACCUUCGAUGUUUUUCGUGAAUAAACUUGACAAAAAAGAGGCGAAUUUCGCAAAUUCCGUUGAUUCCAUUGAGCAGAAGCUUGGCCUGAAAGGUAAUUGAGAAAAUUUCCGAAAUUUUGAAAUUAGACGUUUUUCCAGCUAUUAAAACAGUCAUUCCUUAUGGAAAUUUCGAAGGAAUCAUGGAUAUUUUGAGCAAGAAAGUGCUGAAAAUCGGAAUUAUUGAUGAAGAAUGGGUUGAUAUUGAGGAAAAAACAAAAGAAUAUGAUAUUUUCGAGGAAGCGAGAAGUGAAAUGUGUUAUAGUAUUGCUGAUAAUGAUGACGAAUUCAUGAAUCUGUUUUUAGACAAGCAUUCUGGAGACCACGUGAAAAUCCAGAAUUCGCAAAUCAUUGAAACAUUGAGAAAUUUGACAUUAAGCGAAAAGAAAAAAGUGACAACUGUUUCGUGUGGAAGUGCCAUCAAAAGUUUACAUUGUGUUCGACCAAUUCUCGAUUCGGUUGUCAAUUAUUUCCCUUCACCUGAUCUCAGAAAUACACAAUUUCAUGAUAUUUUUGGCGAGAAUUUGAGCGGGCUUGUCUUCAAAAUUACUCAUGAUAAACGGAAAGGUCAACUCAGUUAUAUUCGAGUUUAUACAGGCAAAUUGCAAAAUAAUACAACAAUUUUCAAUUCAUCGCAAUCAAGUUCAGAUGGACCAUUUAAAGUAUUUGUUCCUUAUGCUGAUCAAUUGAAACCUGCUGAUUUUGUACAUUGUGGAAAUAUUGCAGUGGUUUCUGGGUUAGAAAAUACUGUAACUGGAGAUACAAUUUUAUUGAAGUAAGUUAAUUUGAAGAAAAUUAGAUUUCAUUUCAUAAAUUCUUUCUUUCAGUCGAGAUUCAGCUGAACAAGCCUUUGAUAAGCUCAAGAAAAGUGGCGAGAUCGAUUUUCUUCGCACCAAAUCAAAUCUCGACACUCGAAGUGUUGUUUUUGCUGGAAUUGAUGCUCCCGAACCUGUUUACUUCUGUUGCAUUGAACCGCCUUCCAAUAAACAGCAAAAUCUUUUCAACAAAGCUUUAGAUGAAUUGACGAAAGAAGAUCCAUCAAUGAAGAUUCGAUUUGAUCGAGAAACUGGACAGACAAUUGUUGAAACACAGGGAGAAUUACAUCUUGAAGCGAUCAAGGAUAGACUUUUGAGAGGAUAUAAAUUGGAUGUUUUUAUUGGGAAAUUGCAAGUUGCUUAUAGAGAAAGGUUAACUGGGGAGAUAAGUCAUACAAGUAAAUUGGAAGAUUUGAUGAGUGAGAAAAAACGACCUGAAUUUGUUGAAAUAUCGAUGAGAUUAGAGAAAAGACAUGAUAAUGGACAAUUCAAAAGAGUACGUUUCACCCCUUCAAAAAAUUCCAUAUGGCUGUUUUUUUCCAGAUCGAGCUAGAUCUUGCUCCAAAUUCUCGGCCGGUUCGAAAUGAUUGGCAAAGAGCAAUUAGUGAAGGAUGUUCAAAUGCACUGCAAAAUGGACCGCUUGCCUCAUUUCCUGUGCAUUCGGUGAAUAUUUUUGUGACUGAUGUGAUUGUCAGCGGUGGGAAAAUCAAUCCGGCACUUUGUGAGUUUGGAAGGCUAUAAAAAAUUGAGGAAAAAACUCCACGUAGUUUUUGUGACGCCAAAAAACAUUGAAUUUGAACUUUUGAACAUUUUAAAAAGUAUUCAAAUUGGAAGAUCUAUUCGAAGUUUCUGGUUGAAAAGUUGGUAUAAUGUCAAACUGCUAGAUUUUUUGGAGAUCAAAACAAGAAUAUCUCCAGAAACCUCGAAACUGUUAUGAAUCUUCUGAAUUGUCUCAUCGGGUUGUCUCGAAUUCCCAAAUCUCUCUGAAUUUCUCCUCAUCGCCUCUUCUACAUCGACUUUCCAAAAAUAUCACAUGAAAACUGAAAUUCAGAUUUCUAGCCAAUUUUUGGAAUAGUCUUCGCAUGAAAAUUUGAACUUUAGUAUCUUUAAAAAAUUUUUGAGAUUUUUUUGAUUUUUGGAAAACUCAAUUUUUUAUCUGAAAUUCAACUGAAAAUCUCAAAUUAACCUGAGCAAUGUAUGAAGGUUUUGAAUUUUAGAUUUAGCUAUACAUAGUAAUCCAUAAAAUCUACAGUAAUUGAAUGAAGCUACAGUAGCUACACUGAAAAUCCGUUUUUUCUUUUCAAGAAAGUUUAAUUAAUUCAAAUGAAUAUUACAAUGAAAUACAAAAUAAACAGUUAUUACUUUGAAAUCAGGAUUUAUAAUAUAACUUUGAUUAACAUAUUAGAAGUUUAGAAGCCCUUACAAAAAAUAUAAUGGUAUGUGCCUUCUUUGGCAACUUCGCAUUCCACAUAACAUCGAUAAACAUCUGAAAUAUUGUUUUCCAAAAAAUGUGCGAUCGAACGAAUUUUUUGUUCAUCUGUAUUCUUAUUGUUAGUAAACCGAAACAAGUAGUAAGGAUAAUAUUCAAUGUUUGGCUUGAGUUUCUGGAAAAAUAGAAAAAUAUAGGAUUCGAAACUUGUAUGAACACUCUCAUUUUUGUUCAUAUAUUUUUGAUUUUUUUUUGAAUGUUUUUCACACUAUAAAUUGUAGCAAGCUGGCUAAAAGUCGAUUUUUGUAGCAAAACUUGCUAAUUUUCCCCCCAGUAUUUUCUUCUUUUUUUAGCUGUGAAACUUACCAUCAAAGAAUCCUUGUUUUUUUCAUAAAUUUCCGGUUUUAAACUAAUAAUCGAAUCAUACGUGAAUUUGAUUGCUUCAAAAAUAUCAUCAAUAUUUUCAUGCCAUUGAAUCCUAACGACUGUAUAGUUGACAAUAAUCUUUUGCACUACUCUGAAAUUCCAACCAUCAACAACAAUUUCAAAUAUCCUAGGGUUAUAUGCAGCAAAAAGAUUAAUAGACAUCUGAUUGAUUGAUUUUCCGGAAUAUUUUAGAAUAUCGAUCGAUUUACAGCAAAUGAGUUUCUUCAAAGUUUCCAAUGGAAUUUCAUCUUCUUCAACAAUAAUUCUUAAUAUUUUACAUUUUGCAUUUUUGAAGUAAUAAUUCCAUUGAUCAAAUGGAAUAGUUCUUUUCAAUUCAAUUGUUCUUUUGAAUGGAAGUAUUCUUAUCCAAGGAACUUUUACCAAAGUUGUUGUUUCUAAUCGAAGUUCCUUAUUUUUGUUAUAAUACACAUUGGCAUCACAUUUUGGACCAGCAAUCAUCCAACGUUCUAAUUUAUGGACAUCGAAUAGAAACUUUGAUGAGUUCUUGAAUUUUUGAACAUCUUCGUAUUCAAGCUGAAAAACAGUCUGAUUGGGAAUAUAAUAAAUCAUUUGCUUACCUUUUCGAAAAUUGCUCCAAGAAUUUCAGUUGGCAAUUUUUUAAUCGGAGGCUCUUCUUUUUCUUCUUCAAUUUCUCUAGCAAAUGGCUUCAUAAAAAGGUUUAGAAAUUUGUGGAGGAUCAAGAAAAUAACCAACAUUAAAGAACGGUCUCAAAAUGUUUUUGCACACAGAUGGAAAGGUUGGUUUGUGGUGCAAUACACUCAGGGACGCUGAGAAAAUAUCACACAUUAUUGUGCAUCUGAAUUGUUCCCAAGCUGUUGUUUUAGUGGUUUGGGAAAACACACACACACAUCAGCUACUGAACUUCUGGUGGAGCUCAAAAAAUUGAGAAAUCUAUGUGAUAAAGAUAUAGAACAAAUAGACAUAAACGUAUGUUAGUGUUAAUAUUAUCAAAAUUGGUAUCGUUUUGAAGAAUUUUCGUUUCGAAAACUAGGGUUACUGUAGGACAACAAUUGGCGCCAAAAUUUCUAUUCAAAAAAAUCGAUGAAUAUCUCAGAUAAAAACUUUUUCAGAUAUCAUUUUUUUUUCAAAAGAAAAUAACUCACCAAACAUUAUUCAUAACCGCAGUUUAAUCGAAUAUAAUUUGAGUUUCUUCAUUUUACAUGACUUUAGUUCUAAAAAUCAGCAUAAAACUCUUGAAAUGAACUUUCAAUAAAUUUAAAUAUUAUUUUUUUACAGUAUCCGCAUGUGCUCAAAAAUGUGUCUCCAAAGCUUUGGAAUCCGCCAGCAUUGUCCUCACAGAACCCGUCAUGGAAGUUGAAAUCGAUAUUCGAAGUGAUGUACCAACUCAACCAAUUUUGAAUGAACUUGUCAAAAGAAGAGCCAGAAUUGAGUUUUCCGAUAGAAUCAAUGGUACUUAAUCUUGCUGAAAUUUUUCCUGACGAAAAGUAUUUUUUUUUAGAAUCUACAGUCCGUAUUCGAUCACAUUUACCGCUCGCAGAAAUGGAGAAUUUGUCUCGAGUUGUUCGAACUUUGACAUCUGGUUUUGGUGAUAUGAAUGUGCAAGUUUCGGGAUAUCAAGAAGUGCCGGAUUUUGAACGAAUUGCGAUUUUGGAUAGAAAAAAUGGAACAUAUUUAUAG